GUUUGCGGCCAAAUAAAACAUAGAUGCCCUACAUUAUGGUCUUCAUUUGAUGUUUUGUAGAGACCGCUCUGUCAUCAUUACUUACCACAUAAUAAUAAUAAUAAUAAUAAAUCAUUAGCUCCAGUAUCACAAAUACACUGCUUAGCAUAGUAACAUUUGGAAUAUUCUUCUAUCUCAGACCCAAAGUACUGAACUAGCUUUUGCUAGUACUAGCGAAGGGAGAAGGGCUAGGCAGAAUACCAUUAUUCAAUUGAAUAACUUUUUUUUUUUUUUUAUCAGUUCCCCCUUUAGAAAGUACCAAUUAAUUUCAGUAUUUCCAGACAGUUUGAUGUUGGAUGUUGUUCUAGUUAAUCUUUGUUUGAUAAUCCUUUUUUCAUUAAAAAAUAAUAAUAACAACAAUAAUAAAUAACAAAUUCUAAUACAAGUAGGUCUCAAUUCUAUCAAGAAGCUUCAGAAGCUACAAAUGAUUUUAAAUCAUAAUCUGCUGAAAUAAAAACUAAUCCAACUAUCUAUUACGAGCAUCAUCAAAGGCCAGCAGUUACAGUCAGUGAGCACAAAGACAGGCGUGUCCUGGCCCUUUAAGGGAAGGACCGUUCCAUUUUCAGGCGCGGGGGGAGGCAGGCUGGACAGCGCUUUAAUGCAGCUCCGUUCACGACACCGACGUGGAUGUUCACACUGGAUCUACGUAGAUAGCGCAGGUAAAGAGCGGCUGACACCUGCGGGGAGUUUCAAACCAAUAUUUAAAAAAAUAAAAAACAAAAAAGCUGCGUCCGUCCGUGACGUCACCGCUUCAGACCCAGCAGCUGGACAUCACGUAAAGCGACAAAUGCUGGACCGGCAACCGGAAAAAGAUUAAUUUACCUUCAAAAUAAGAGGGGGAAGCUUUUCAUCUAAUUUUAACAACUAUUUUUUUUUACUACAAUAAGAGCAACGCUACAGCACCACUAUUUUUAAUAUUCUGGCUACUGAGAAACUAAUUGAAUAACCUAAACAAUUUUGAUUUGAAAGCUAACAUUAUAAGGGGGGGUUCGAAGAAAUAAUUUUCAAUGAAAAUGAUUGUGUUCAAAAAUAUUUAUAUUUUUUAUACUUGUGUGAUUGUGAAAGGUGUGAGCGGAAGUGCGAUCUGCUGCUGACCGGGACACACCGCUUCGCUGUCAGGCCGAACAGACGUAUUGAUCUGGCGGAAAGGAAUGGCUGCAGCAUCCUUUGUUUUCUCUGCUUCGAGGUGCAGCUGUGACGCCCGCUGACAACCUGCAGGACCUGCAAGAGAGAGAAGACAAACCUGCCGUCAACAGUCAGUAACUCUCAGGGGAGCUAAAGUUCUGCAUGAACCAAGAGGACUUCCUAAACACAGUAAACGCUGAGGAACUUUAAGGUCUGAUUGAGAUGUGAAGAGACUUUUGCUGCGCUUUUUUGAGCGAGCCAAUCCUGUGAAGGAAAUUCAAUUGGACAGUUGUAUUGUAAAGAUUGGGUGCAAAGUGAACACCUGACCUGAGGUGGAGGCUGUUUUUUCCCCCCUGGUGGUACACCAUUUUUAUUUAACCCCCUCAUUCUAUCCAUCCCCUCACUUUGUUUCAUCUUUUAUUCAGAAGUCACACACCUAGAACAGAUCUUUAGAAAUAACCCAACACAACCUAGCAUAGUCUUGUCAGAACAGACGUCUAGUAAUGAUUUAUCCUCGCAGUCACGUGAUGCACAGGUACAUGUGACUGCUGCCCCCCCACCACAAGCCCCAGCCCAGCCCUCCUUUGCGUCCCCUCGCUUCUCGCGCCAUGAGGAGGGCCAGAGGCUCCGUCUCUCUGUGAAUCUUGUCUCCACCUCGUGUCUUCAUGCUUUGGGGGUCCCCUGGUGCUCCCGCCCUCUGUCGACCUCCCUGCACCUCUUGCCACCACGGCCGGCCACCCCAGUCGCCCUGUUGCCAUGCCGACAGAGACACUGGCUCCAAACCUGCCAGAUAGCAAGGCCACCGGCCCUGCCACGCCCUUCAGCUCCACAGUACCCCUCCGCAUCCUCAACAAGGGCCCUGACUACUUCAGGAGACAGGUGGACCCUAAUCCAAAGCGCCUCAGUGCUGUUGAGAGACUAGAGGCUGAUAAGGCCAAAUAUGUCAAGAGCCAGGAAGUGAUCAAUGCCAAGCAAGAGCCUAUCAAGCCGCCCAUCCUGGCCAAGCCUACAGGCCACGCCUUUUUGCUGAAGAGAAGCUCUGGGACCGUCGGGGGAGGAAACGGGGGAGGGACACCUUUCAAAGCUUCCAACAACAAUGCAAAGUCAGACUCUUGUGCAACAAGCAGCGGCAGCAGCAAAAGGGAAAAUCUAAAUCUGGAGAUCCUAAAGAACCUGCUGAACUCCUCGUCGGCCUCGGGAGCCGGAUCCGAAGGGCUGGCGAGUGGAUCCAAGAGCGCCGUACUGAUGAGGUCAUCAGGUGGAAUAGCCAGGAGUUGGACGCCGUCUGGGAUGCCGUUAACCUACCGAUCCACGAUGACUCUCAACGAGCCCCCGCCAGACUCAGCCCCCAGCCCCAGCACCUCCCACUCCCUCAGAUCCUUCCCCCACUCUCUGAAGGUCCCCCUGACCAACAGUUGGGGACGAUGCAGCCCACAGCUAGGAGGAAACCUCAACCUCAGUAGGAGAGUCCAGGACGAGAGGGGAUACGAAGGCAUAGUCGUUGAACGUUCUCGUUCUCCACUACCGCCUCUGCUCUCCUCCCACUCGUCGUCCGACCUCCUCCGACUCUGCAACGGGAAACCGCUCCGCACCGCCCGAUCCAGCAGCUCCUCGGCUCCUCCCCUUCCUCCAAAACCCAACCCUGCUUCUCUCCCUCCCCCUGCGCUCUCCUUGUCUCUGCCCCCGCCCCGGUCAGCGUUGUCCCAAGCCCCAUGUGACAACAGCACCCCUCAGUCACUGCCCUGCCAUCUCAGAGACCCUCCCGAUGCCUCCGCCGAUGCAAGCAUGGAACUUGAACAAGGACCUAACGUGGCCCACCGCUCCUCUCUGCACAGAUCGAAGUCCGACCUAUCGGACCGCUAUGCCCGAGCUGGGGCCGACGUGGAACGCUUUUUUAACUACUGCGGCCUCGAUCCAGAGGAGCUGGAGGUGGUCGGUCUGGAGAACUUUGCACGAGCCAACUCGGACAUCGUCAGCCUGAACUUUCGAUCAGCUUCCAUGAUCUCAUCGGACUGUGACCAGUCGCGGCGGUCCUCCAAUGACGGCGUAUCAGAGGCCGACGAGGCUGAGGACGAGGAAGAGGAAGCGGGCGAGCGCGUUCCUUACGGCAUCUCAGCUGUCGAGCGAAACGCAAGAGUCAUCAAAUGGCUGUACAGCAUCAAACAGGCGCGAGAGACUCAGAAAGUCUCACACGUUUAAGAUUGGUACUUCUGUGGAGUGGAGGGUACUUGAAACCUCUGACAAUCUGUCCUGAGUGUGUGGAUCAAAUGAAGGAACCACAGUUUUAUGGCGCCAAAUUGAUGGUUCGUACAAACGGAUACGUCAUAGAAGGAAGAAAAAGAGGGACGAGAAGUAAAACAAAGUUCAAACCUGACUGGAGACGUUUGAAGAUGUAUCAAAUGAAAUCCCCCAAGUUUUACACAAAAUGAGCAACAGAAACAAAUGUAAAUACAACCGUUUAAACAAGACAGACUAAACUAUAAGUUGUUUCUCCAAGGAGGCAGAAUUGGCAGGUCUUGUCAGUUUUUUUGAAACAACGGAAAUGCCUGCAGUGCAGGCAUUCAAGUACCCAUGAAGCGAGCGGUUCAACCUGCUCCCCCUUAAGACACUUCGACUAGUCUGGCAUUUCUGUCAAGGGCAGUUCUGUGUAGCCUGUUCUUUUAUUUUUUUGUUUUGUCCUCCCGUUGUCUCAUCUGUCAAGCGACUCAAACAGUCUUCAUCUCGGAGGGCAUGGUCGACCAGUCAGAGGAAAUGAGAAAAUAUCAACGUCCCAUGUAGCAAAAACACAAAUCUAAGGUUCCUUGAGAUGUGGAAGGUUGUUCCCACUUUCUAGCAGCUUGUCAAGCAAGUUGUGUAAAAAUGCUGUUUCAUGUUUGUUUUGCACAAAGUGGGACCAGGAGUUUUUUUUUUUUUUUUUUGCAUAGUCAGCUGACCUGUAAAGUGCCAACUGGUUUUAGAGCGCAAGUUUGUGGUUCUGUGUCAAACCAAUGAGCUGGGCUCCCAUCUGCCUUGUAGCUUACGUCAUAGCCACCUCUUCACCUAUGUGUUGACUAGAACUAUUGCUUUUGACCCGUGGUGGUGUUGCAUUUUCUGCUGCAUAUUCCUACCCUUUUUUUAGUAGCUACUUCAGGGUUAACGUUUGAGCUUUUACAAAAAAAAGUCUAAUAUGUGGCUUAAGCACAUAAUUUAUCUUUUCAAAAGUGUUGACCCCUCAGACGAGGAAUUAUUUCAUAAUUGAGAGCUUAGAAACUCUUAGACCUUCCAAACGUGCUGAUGUACUUAAGUCAUAAACGUCCUGUGUCAGCUCCGACUCCUCUUAAAGAACCCGUUCUGCUGUCUAGCUUCUGGUACUGUUCUCACAAUGUGAACAACUGCACAAAAAUAUAGAAGUCAGCACCUGAUUGAGGUCCAGUUCAGAGGAGCUCCAUGAGGACUCAACACAGAAUCACGAGCCAAGCUCUAAAUUCAUUUUGACAUGAAAAUGUUCCGCAGGACUCCUGGUCUUUAUCUAUGGGUGAAGAAAGAAGAACUUCUUGACUCCAAAUGCAAAUGUUUGUGGUUUUCAUUGCAGUCCAUCGAGCCGGCAUUGAUGCAGAGUUCACACCUCGCUUGUAGCUCAUGUGACGACCAGCUAAGAAAGAGGAUUUUUGACCUGUUAACCUGCACGCCAUCACCAAUGCUGAUGCUAAGCAAAAAACAAAACUUCUGUAAGAAAAAAAAUCAACAAUAAAAGCAAAAUGAAUAAAUGCUG